UUUCCCAUUCAGAUUCCCUAUGUUGUUUCCCCACAGCCAGGCCUGCUUUGAGGAGGACGGCCGGGAGCCCCCGGCCUGGAAGGGCCCCAUGCCGUCCCAGGGCAGCGAGGAGGAGCCGGAGCGUGCGGAGCCGCGUGGCGACGAGAGCCAGCGCACGGAGCAGCUCAACGAGUCCCGGCUGCGCAGCUCCUCCGUGGAGAUCCGCGAAAAGGGCUCCGAGUUCCUCAAGGAAGAGCUGCACAGAGCGCAGAAGGAGCUGAAGCUGAAGGACAAGGAGUGCGAGAGACUGUCCAAAGUCAGAGAGCAGCUGGAGCAGGAGCUGGAGGAGUUAACGGCCAGUCUGUUCGAGGAGGCGCACAAGAUGGUGCGAGAAGCCAACACGAAGCAGGCGGCGGCCGAGAAGCAGCUGCGGGAGGCGCGGGGCAAGAUCGACAUGCUGCAGGCCGAGGUGACGGCCUUGAAGACCCUGGUGAUCACGUCGACGCCUUCAUCCCCCAACUGGGAGCUGCACCCGCAGCUGCAGAGUCCCACCAAGGCCGUGUUCAGGAAGGGGCACGGCCGCAACAAGAGCACCAGCAGCGCGGGGGUCACAGCCGCCGGCCAGAGCGCGGCCCCGGCGCCCGCCAGCCACGAGUGCAGGGAGGUCGACUCCAUUUUAUUCGCCGAGUUCCAGGCCUGGAAGGAGUCCCCAACCCUGGACAAAUCCUGCUCCUUCUUGGAUAGAAUUUACCGGGAAGACGUAGGGCCGUGUCUGGACUUCACCAAGCAAGAGCUCUCGGAGUUGGUGCGAGCGGCCGUGGAGCAGAACACCCUCACCGUGGAGCCCGUCGCUUCUCCGGCGCUGCCUGCGGCGAAGGGGGCUGCAGUGGAGUGUGGUGGGCCCAACGGGUUCCGGUCGCAGAUUGUAACGAAGUGCGCGCUGAGCGGCCUCCCCAGGACCUGCAGGCACCGCAUCACGCUGGGGGACUCCGGGAACUACUACUACAUCUCGCCGUCCUGCCGGGCCAGGAUYACAGCUGUGUGCAACUUCUUCACGUACAUUCGCUACAUCCAGCAGGGCCUGGUGAGGCAGGACGUGGAGCUGAUGUACUGGGAAGUCAUGCGUCUGCGGAGGGAGAUGUCGCUCGCCAAGCUGGGGCUCUUUCCCAGCGAGGUGUGAGCCGGGGCUGGCGUGUGGAAGGAAGCUGCUCCGCAGGCACGGCCUCGCUCCCUCCGCCUGGUACGGAUCCCGGAGCAAGAAGCAUGAGCUCCCGCUGGGCCAUCCCACUCCUGCGGCUGGGCCGGUCCCGGCUGCCCCCACAGUGGCUCUGCACGGACUGGCCUCUGUGGAAGCUCCCCUGUGAGCCCAUAUCCCGUUUUUAAAGUGUUGUUUUUAUCCGCCACCCACUUUUGCUGAUGGAGCAGCCCGCUUCCAAGUAUUCCUUGCUCCUCCUGAGGAGCCUCUGAGGGAAGCUGCCUGCUGGCUGGGGCACAAAGAGGCGCUUGUUCCCACUCUCCGCGUGGGAUCCGGCCCCGCUCCUCCUUUGAGGGUUGCCUUGGGCACUGCCCUUCCCACUGACCCCGUGGAAACCGGGGUCCCGGGCCAGGGGCUCUUCUACCUCCACAAGAUGCACGUACAAGUUGGGCUCUGUUGAGCCCCAGAGAUUUCCUCCSCAUCUAACAGCAGGCCUGGAGAGCCACUUUUUGGGGGCAACACAGCCUUUUCCAGGCUGCCAUCCAAAGUUGGAGGCCUCUUUGCAUGYGUGCAUGGGAAGCGCGGCCGCCGGAUGCCUUGCGCUGGCAGGGAGGUGCCCAGAGCCUUCAGAAAAGAAGAGACCCUCUCUAGGCGGAGCUCAGCCCCAGGCCUUGCCUCUGCAGGACUGUGAAAGCCCCGAGCAUUUGAUGGUGGAUGGAGCUUCUUCAGUAACUGCGAUCGUCUCCUGCCGCUGCCCUGGCGCUCUCGUCUCCUGGGGCGUUUCUGCGCUCAGUCUUUGGGGUGACUCUGCUGCUCUGCUCUGAGCAGGGCUCCCCGAACCAGGUCACUGUCCCCAAUGCCACUGGGUCUCAUCAUCCCCUCGGGGGAUGCUGCAGCAGGAGCUUUGUGCCUUAAAACUAAGGGGGCUGCCGAGCGAGGGAGCUGGGGAAUGAACGAGGUUUGGUUUGGGAGCUGAUGCUGGAGAGCUGCACAGCCGAUCCGAGGACAUGGCGCUCGUGGGCGUGGGAUUUUUUCCCCCCAGAGCAGGGCUGGGCUGCCUGGCGCAGUGCUGCCCCCAGGGAGCCCCUUUCCGAGGCGAGCGGUGGCUCAAAGCACGCGCUGUCCCCCGGGGCCGGGGAGCCCGUGCUGAUCCUGCGUGGAAAGCCGGUCCUACUCGGCAAGGGCUGCGCCGUGGUUGCCCUCCAGGAUCUGCUUUCACCCCAUCCACGGCCGGGUGCCUUCCCGCAGCUGUAAGUGCGUGGGCCUGCUGCUCUGCACCAAAGUCAGGUUUUAAGAUGG